GUGCCUGGAAAUCCCUUUUUCUUUUGGCUCUGGAGAAAAGCAACAGGCAACCCCUGGGCUUUCUGGAUGGAGAUGUUUGGCUGGGUUGUGCAGAGUUGGUUCCCUCUGGGAAGAUUUCAGGGCUUGGAUCACUUCUUAGUCAAAUGGGCUGAGAAGUGGCUCACAUCUUCCCCCUUUUCCACCAGCAAUCUCUAGAGGAAAAGUAUUUCCAAUUGGGGUGCAUCUAAUCUAAGUGUGUGUAUGUGUGUAUAAAAUUUGGUGUCACCCUUGCUGUUGGGAGUGCCUUGCUGCUGGACAAAACACACCAGAGGCAUUUUUAAAGUCCCUCUUACCUGCUUUGUCCCCUUGUCCUUUGCAAGUUAAUGGUCUAAAACCGACUGACUUCCGAGUGAUUACCAGGACUUUUGGCUUCAACUGCUUUAGGGCCAUGGAAAUCUGCCCUCCAACUUUUGCCUUUCACCUUCAGGUGGACUUAGAUCUUGGAUGAGUAUUACAAUGUGAAAUUCUGUGUCGAUGCCAGUCAGCCAGAUGUAGGAAACUGGCUGAAGUAUAUCAGAUUUGCUGGAUGCUAUAAUCAGCCCAACCUUGUUGCAUGCCAAAUAAGCGAUCAGAUAUAUUAUAGAGUGGUGAGAGACAUUGAAGCUGGGGAAGAGCUCCUUCUUUUCAUGAAGACUGAAGACUAUUUACAUGAAACAAUGGCUCCAGACAUUCACGAGGAGCGUCAGUAUCGGUGUGAAGACUGUGACCAGCUUUUUGAGUCCAAAGCAGAACUGGUGGACCAUCAGAAAUUCCCAUGCAGCACACCUCACUCUGCAUUUUCAAUGGUGGAUGAGGAAUUUCAGCCAAAGCUUGACAAGGAGAAUGACCUCCAUGAUUUGCAUGAUAUCCAAGAAUGCAAAGAGUGUGAUCAAGUGUUCUCUGAUGUGCAAAGUUUAGAAAAGCACAUGCUAUCUCACACCGAAGAGAGGGAGUACAAAUGUGACCAGUGUCCCAAAGCCUUUAACUGGAAAUCCAACUUGAUACGCCAUCAGAUGUCCCAUGACAGUGGAAAGCACUAUGAAUGUGAAAACUGUGCCAAGCAGGUUUUCACGGACCCCAGCAACCUCCAGAGGCAUAUUCGUUCGCAACAUGUUGGGGCUCGUGCCCACGCUUGUCCGGAGUGUGGUAAAACAUUUGCCACUUCUUCAGGCCUCAAACAGCACAAACAUAUCCACAGCAGUGUCAAGCCUUUUAUAUGUGAGGUCUGCCAUAAAUCCUAUACUCAGUUUUCAAACCUUUGCCGUCAUAAGCGUAUGCAUGCUGAUUGCAGAACCCAAAUCAAGUGCAAAGACUGUGGACAAAUGUUCAGCACUACGUCUUCCUUAAAUAAACACAGGAGAUUUUGUGAGGGCAAGAACCAUUUUGCGGCAGGAGGAUUUUUUGGCCAAGGCAUAUCACUUCCUGGAACCCCAGCUAUGGAUAAAUCUUCCAUGGUUAAUAUGAAUCAUGCAAAUCCGGGCCUUGCUGACUAUUUUGGUGCCAAUAGGCAUCCUGCUGGUCUUACCUUUCCAACAGCUCCUGGAUUUUCUUUUAGCUUCCCUGGCCUGUUUCCUUCAGGCUUAUACCACAGGCCACCUUUGAUACCUGCUAGUUCUCCUGUUAAAGGACUUCCAAGCACAGAUCAAACAAUCAAAAGUCAAAGUCCCCUCAUGACACAUCCUCAGACACUGCCAGCUACCCAGGACAUUUUGAAGGCACUAAAUAAGCACCCACCUAACCUAAGUGAAAAUAAGCCAGAGGAGCUUCAACCAGAGAGGUCCUCCGAAGAGAGGCCACAUGAAAAGAUCAGUGACCACUCAGAGAGUAGUGACCUUGAUGAUGUCAGUACCCCCAGUGGGAGUGACCUGGAGACCACCUCUGGCUCUGAUCUGGAAAGUGACAUUGAAAGUGAUAAAGAAAAAUGUAAAGAAAAUGGUAAAAUGUUCAAAGACAAAGUAAACUCUCUUCAGAAUUUGGCUUCCGUAAAUAAUAAGAAAGAAUACAGCAAUCAUUCCAUCUUCUCACCAUCUUUAGAGGAGCAAACUGCGGUGUCAGGAGCUGUGAAUGAUUCUAUAAAGGCCAUUGCCUCUAUUGCUGAGAAAUACUUUGGUUCAACAGGACUUGUGGGGCUACAGGACAAAAAAGUUGGAGCCUUACCUUACCCUUCCAUGUUUCCCCUCCCAUUUUUUCCAGCAUUCUCUCAGUCAAUGUACCCAUUUCCUGAUAGAGACUUGAGACCGUUACCUUUGAAAAUGGAACCCCAAUCGCCAGGAGAGGUAAAGAAGAUCUUAAAGGGAAACUCCGAGUCUCCCUUUGAUCUUACCACUAAACGUAAGGAGGAGAAACCACUUACUCCUGUAACCUCAAAACCAUCAGCACCAUCAGUGGCCAACCAGGACCAGCCUCUAGAUUUGAGUAUGGGCAGCAGAAGUCGAGCUAGUGGUACAAAACAGACUGAGCCUCGGAAAAACCACAUCUUUGGAGGAAAAAAAGGGGAUCUUGAUCCUGAAUCAAGAAAAUCAUCAGACAUCUCUUUACAGCAUGCAAGGCCAACACCUUUCUUUAUGGAUCCUAUUUACAGGAACGGCGAUCUCCACUGCAAUCAAAGGUGUUUCACCCAAGAACUCAAAACACGUUGUACCAUAGCAACACAACGUGGAACUCAAGGAGUAGAGAAAAGAAAGUUAUCUGACCCACUUGAAGCUUUGAAAGAAAAGUAUUUGAGACCAUCUCCAGGAUUCUUGUUCCACCCACAAUUCCAAUUGCCUGAUCAAAGAACUUGGAUGUCAGCUAUAGAAAACAUGGCUGAAAAGCUUGAGAGCUUUAGUGCCCUGAAACCAGACGCCAGUGACCUCAUACAAUCCGUCCCUUCCAUGUUCAAUUUCAGAGCCCCUCCCAGCACUCUGCCGGAGAACCUUUUGCGAAAGGGCAAGGAACGCUAUACUUGCAGAUACUGUGGCAAGAUUUUUCCAAGAUCUGCAAAUCUUACUCGUCAUCUGAGGACGCACACUGGAGAACAGCCUUACAGAUGCAAGUACUGCGACCGAUCUUUUAGUAUAUCAUCUAACCUGCAGAGACAUGUUCGUAACAUCCAUAAUAAGGAGAAGCCCUUUAAAUGUCAUUUAUGUGACAGGUGCUUUGGCCAGCAAACCAAUUUAGACAGACAUCUCAAAAAACAUGAGAAUGGCAACAUGUCAGGUACUGCUACGUCUUCACCUCACUCUGAACUUGAAAGCACAGGUGCUAUCUUAGAUGACAAAGAGGAUUCAUACUUCACAGAAAUUCGGAAUUUCAUUGGAAACAGCAAUCACAACAAUUCAGAAGAAAGGAUGAAUGGAAGCCACUUUAAAGAUGAAAAGGCUCUGGUGGCAAGCCAGAACUCAGAGUUGUUGGAAGAUGAAGAGGCAGAGGAUGAAGUAAUGAUGGAUGAGGAAGAUGAAGAAAGUGAGAUAACAGGGAAGCCAGUUAAAGAGCUUGCGACAAGCAACGUUUGUGAAGAGGGCACUGAGGGCAAUUAUGAAGAGGGAAAUGUGUUGGAAAUUAAUUGCAAAUCUUCUCCUGGCAGGUAUAAGGAGGAUGAGUUUAAUAAAACUGGACUUUCUGCUUUGGACCACAUAAGGCACUUCACUGAUAGCCUCAAAGUGAGGAAAAUAGAAGAAAAUCAGUUCAGUGAAGCUGAACUGACAUCAUUCAGCACUUCUCAUCUACCAGAAGACUUAAAGCCACCACUGCAUCGCAAGUCCAAAUCCCAGGCCUAUGCUAUGAUGCUCUCACUUUCUGACAAGGACUCUCUCCACUCUGCAUCCCACAAUUCCUCCAGUAUGUGGCACAGUAUGGCAAGAGCCGCUGCAGAAUCUGGUGCCAUCCAGUCUAUUAGUCAUGUAUGACACCAUCAAAUGUAACUGGCUUGGGACCAAGUCCAAACUAGCAACAUGGCUCUUUGCUAGAAGACUAUAUAAAAAGACUGCAGAGCAGAAUGCCUUAGAAAUCGAACAGGUCACAUUUAAAGUCAGGUGACCUUAAACUGAAUGAUUUGAAAGAAGAAAAAAAAACUAUUUAUUCUCAAUCUUUUGUUUUGCACAGCAAAGGCAGCUGCUGACAUUCUGAGGAUCAAUGAGACUUUCAAAAUACAUGGAUCAAAUGGACCUUGAUGGGGAAUAUGUGUCUUCCAUCCCACCUACUUUGGGAGGGAUUUGUAGGUUAAGACUUUUAUUGCUACACACAAACACACACGAGCACUCCAUUAAACUAAAAUAAAAUUGUGUUCCUUUAGUUAGUUGGUUUUUGUUUUGUUUCAGUAUAGAGUAAUUGGCAGAAGAAUGAGAAACAAUUGCUCUUCUGUAGAAAUCCUCUUCAUUUAUACUUUAUUCAUUUGAAACCAUUGAAGGAAGACAACAGUUCCCUUGAAUGUACAUCAGUCGUUAACCUAGAACCUUAUAAUAAGGAAUAUCUUGCCCUCUCCUUAAUUUUUGCUUCCUGAACUGAAUUGUAAAAUUAAAAAAAUAAGAGAACCACAAUAAUGUUAAGACAUCUGUGUAUAUUGUAAAGAAAAACUGGGAGAGUUAAGCAAUCUGAGAAGGUGAGUCUUUCAACAUAUUACUUGCAAAUAACCACCAUCAUCUAACAUACCACUAUAGUUCAAUGUUUCCCUGAUCAAUGUAAUAACAUUUUAAUUUUAGACAAUCAUGUCACUGUUUUGGUUGUUUUGUUUUAUUUUGUUGAUGUCAUUCAUUUGUCGCUCUUAAUUUCUUUUUUUGGUGUUGUGUGUACCAUGUAUUUAUUUUUUGGCAAAUUGUUUGUGGAUUAAGUAAAAAAGCACUCUUGCUAAAUGUAGCACUGUUCGUAUGAAAUUAAUGGCACUGUUCAGUUCCCCCCAUCAUUUUUCUGGGCACCCAUGGACUUCAAAAGAGAAAAAAAGGGAGGCUAACUGAUCUGCAUAUAUGAGCGUGCAAACAGUGUUUGGGAAAAAAAAUUCUUACAUUCCUCUUUUACUAUUGUUUAUUUUUUCAUGUUACUGAAACUAAAUAAUGAAUAGAAGUGAUUUAGAUUUUUUUUUGUAAUACAGCAAAAUGAUUCAAAUGUAUAAAGCAUUCUAAUUUUUUCUUCAUGAAAGCAUGAUUCUUCUGAUUAAAAGAAAAAAGAAAAAGAAAACUGUACCCAAUAUUUUAUGCUGGUUGUCUGCAAGCUUGUGUGAUGUUUUGUUCAUGUUAAUCCUAUUUGUAAAAUGAAGUGUUCCAGACUUAUGUUUAAAAGGAAAAAAAACCCCAAUAAAUAAACAAUGAACUGUA